GCUGAACUGAAUCUAACCUAAGUUUUACAAGUGUUUUGGUAAUUUUGGUGGUGUUUUGCAUUAAGAUUUACUGGUAUACGACCAGUGGGCGCUGGAGAUCACAGACUUGUACAUUUUUAACCUAAAUGAUUUGUCCAGACUUUUUAGAAUUUCAAGAUAUACUGAAGAAGAUGCGGGUUUUAGAUGACAAGAUUGUUUACGCCUUGAAUACUUCAAUACCUACAGAAUCUUUUCAGAAAAAAGUUGAUGCUUCCUCUGCAUGCCAAGACUUAUAUUCUCAAAUACAAAAAGGUCAUUCUGAAAGGGAGAAUGUCAUUAAAAAUUGUAUUGUCUCCACUGCUGAGACAGUUAAAAAACUCAAAGCUGCUAAAGAGCAAACACCGGAUGACUUUGAAGUAUUGAAAUAUUUAAAAAGUGAACAAAAAAAGUUACGUUUAUUACAAACUGAAUUAAGUGUUGAAGAAGUCAUAAAGGAGAAAACUACAAAAUUGUUUAUUGAAAAAUGCCGAACUUACUAUAAGCCAAAUACUUUAUGAAGACUGCCCUCAUGAACUUUGGAAUUUUUAAUAUUUGUAUAUACACAUAAAUAGUCUUAGUUUAAUAAGUUUUUUUUAUUAAAAUAUCCUUUUUCCUUUUAAUUCUAAUAAUAAUAAUAUGAUUGUCUAAUGUUUUCAGUUGUUUAAGUGGAUUGUGAUAAAGAGUGAUAUGCUCUAUAUGUUAAAAUUUUUUUAAUAACACAGAAAUCAAAACUAAUAUUAUUUGACAAGAAGAUAACUAUAUAAUAUACAAGAAAAGUUAUUUAUUAUUAGUUAAUCUAUAUUUUAUCUACACAAAGAACACUAUAGCAGUAGCUAACAAGGACUAUUUUACAGAAUCCACUUCAACUGCCUUUUUUUCUUUGUAUUCCUCUUGAUACUUUUUAUGCCAGUCGAGAUUCAUUUGAUGAACUGAUUCACCUCUCUUUGCUGCUGCUUUCCCAGCCAUGAUUGCUCCAAAACUAGCUAAUGCUGUUAGCACUAUUAGAAUGUUGGACAAUUUUAUCCUAGCUUCACUCUGAGACCUAUCUAUUAGGUCAGCUCUGUAAUUGAAAUAUAAUUUAUGUUACAACAUAAAUUUCUUGUAAAAUAUAUUAUUAUUAUUUCGUACAUAUACAUGUUUGAAACAUUGUUUUUUUUUUACAUUUUAUUCAGGUUUUAAUACAAUCUGUAUACUUACGAAACGUAUUUUGGGAUUUCAUUUUUUGUCUUGAACUUUUUUGUCCAAACUAAAAUAAACUUUUGUAAUUCCGUGGGUUUAUAACGUGCAGAUAAUGAAGCAAUUGAAGGCUUAACUUCGUCAGAAGACACUUUACACAUAUUACGACUUAUUACAAAAGCAGACCAGUGAGGGCGGAACAAAUAUUGCUUAAUCAUAUUUAGUGGUCAGAUUUCAAAAAUUGAUAUUUAUCCUUACGAAACAGAAUUUUUCUCUGUCAAGGGCACAGACCACCACAGACUUAGUAGGUAUCAGACGACCAAC